AUGUCCGACGACGAGGCCGAGAAAAAGAGGAAGCAUGACGAGGAGCUGGCGAAACUCUUCGAGGAGACGCUGAGAGAGUUCAAGGAUACUGAUGAGCCGAAACCGAAAAAAACGAGUGAUGAUGAUUUGGACGAGUUCAUGGCGAUUCAUGAUCAGAAGGCGGCUCAAAAAGCCGCUAGCGAUUUUCAGCAGAUGCUCUCACAAAUGGUGCAGGUUCAGGAGGAAGCUAUGAAGAAAGUAGAGUCCGGCGAAAUCACUGAUCCGCAACUUGAUCCGAAUGAUCCAGAAUCGAAAGCGAUGAUGGACGCGCUCAAACAGCUCAUGGAGUGCUCAUCGACGGUGGCGAACGCGAGCACCGCCGAGGAGUUCAUGGCCGGCCUCGAGAUGCUCCGAUCGCCGGAUGCUCCGAUGGAGCCGUUCAUGCAAAUGAUCAUGCAGACGCUCGCCUCGAAGGAGGUCAUGUAUCCGCCGCUCAAAGAGAUUUAUGACAGCUAUCCGAAGUACUUGGAAGAGCACGGCGGCGAGCUUGACGCGGAGACAACUCAGCGAUACAAGAAGCAAUAUGAAGUUCUUGAGAAAAUCUGCAACGAGUUCGAGAAUCAGCCAGAUGUGCCGAUUGUUGAGCCGGAAGCGGCCGCUUCAUCGCCGCUUGAGCCGAACGCACCGGCCGACGGGCAAGAGCAAGUCGCCGAGCCGUCGGAGCAAAUGAAGGAAUCGGCCGAGCAUUUUGAGCGACUUGGCAAACUGUUGGUGGAAUUGCAAUCCUAUGGAUAUCCGCCGAAAGAGUUGGUCGGAAAUCUGCCCGACGGAUGGGUGAUUGACGAAUCCGGUCUUCCAAAAGUCGAAAACGCGUCCGCCGCCGCUGAUGCUUGCACCAUUAUAAUUAUGACGAUUUCUUAUGCAUCGGUUGUUGAUCGAAUCUAUUCUAGACGGGCUUCGGAAUUGUAUUCGAAUAUCGCCUAUUUACACCAUCCCAGUGGAGUUACGGUUAUCGUUUUGCGGCAGAUUCCUGAAAGCGAAGUGGAGAGUAUCGAUUUUGGGAGCACAAAGAAACAUGGGGCUGAUCGAUCGGAGAAAAUGGUGGUCGGAAAAGGCAAAAAAGGUGGUCUGUUACUUCAACCGGACUCCAAAUUAUGCACAAUCAAAUGUAAAAAUGGAGAAGAGAUUGUGGUAAGAGCAGGCGUUUGUGGGACACUUGUUGAGAUCAAUGAUCGCCUCAAAACUCAACCGGAUCUUGUUAGAACAGCGCCUGAGAAUCAAGGGUUCAUCGCCGUUGUCACAUACGGAGCCGGAAAACGCGAAACCGAAGGCUUUGGGGAAGUUUUGCCCGAAAAACGACUUCACCUUCAAAAUGGUACCUAA